CUUUGACACGACUUUUGUAAGCGUUAGAUUCCUGCCCAGGAGAAUACUCUUCCUCGCAAUAUUGGUCAUUAAAAACACGACCGUCAGCCUUACGAUACCAUGGGUGCUUCAAUCCGCGGGACCGUGCUGGCAUUACUCAUCGCGGUUGUCUAUGGCCAGAACAACUCCUACGGCUGCCUUUCCCAGGCGAGCAUGACUUCAUUGACAGCCUGUGAUCGGCUCAGCACCACCAUCGACUCGUGCUUUGCCCAGACAACCAACACAGCCAGUGUUGAAGGCUGUUAUUGCAAGCAGGCGGUUGUUGACGAUAUCGUGGACUGCGGAAGCGAGUACCGGCUUUGUUAUCUCAACGACCAGUAUGACUACUACUACACUAGUGUCUUGGAUGAUUGGAAUGAGUGGUGCGACGACUAUGUCACAUAUACACCCACCACUCCUGUCCUGAGUAAUCCUACCACGACCGUACCAACCUAUCAACCAGCUGCAUGCACCGACUAUAGCUCUUCGUGCUCGAUCUUGACGAACUUUGAGUCGGAUUGCUUGAGCCUUGAUCCUUCAGCUACUGCGUCAUCCUUCUACAGCUGUGCUUGCGCGCCCAGCUUACUGUCGAUGGCUUCGGUGUGCUUCUACGAUGUUGCUGUUACAUGCCGAAACCAAAGUACAGCCUUGAGCGAUAUCGAUAUCUUUGGGGCUUGCGGAACUAUAUACAGCCAAGGUCAACUGAUCACAGCCAUGGGUGCUUCCGUCAACACAAGUGCAACAUCAACAGUCUCCAGCCCAACGGCGGCCUCUCCGGCACCCAAGACCACGACAGGGACGAGCGCAAGCAAUACUGCAGGCAGUGAAGGCUCGAGUGCUUCAGCCACAGGCACGGCAAGUCAAACGACGGCUUCUGCAACUUCCUCGAGUGUUGCAGCAAGCUACGAAUGUCAUUCGUGGCUGGCAAUGGUGCCCUUCGCGCUUAGUCUGAUGGUGUACCUGUCGUGAGAGGUACUAUCAGCAGUCUGG